AAUGUGGUUUUAAUGAUGAAACAAUACAAACAUCAGACUCGACAAAAAGAAAUUAUUUAUGAGACCUCAGUUCCUCAUAAACUGUAUGGAGCUGUUGAUAACAGACAGAGUAAAGAGCAGCAGCCUGUCAAUGAUUUACAGUCAGUCAGUCGGUCAGUCAGUCAGUCAGGUGAAGAGAGUGCAGCGCUCCACACUCAGCAGUUCUUCAUGAUGUUUGUCCACACAGACACAAAGUCUCCUACGUCUCCUCUCAGAGCCCUCAGUGUUCUGGUUUUCCUCCUCCUCCUGAUUCACCUGUGUACAGGUCAGUCUCUGAUUGGUUCAUCUCAGCCAAUAGUAGCAACACGUGGUGAUGACAUCACUUUACCAUGUCGUCUGGACCCUGCUGAGGAUGUUACUGACCUGACAGUGGAGUGGACCAGACCUGACCUGGACCCCAGGUUUGUCCAUGUGAGGCGUUCAGGUCAAGAGCUCGUCAGUAAAAAACAUCCAUGGUUCAGUGAGAGAACGUCACUGUUCAUUAAUGAACUGAAACAUGGAAACAUUUCACUGAAACUGUCCAGAGUCGAACUCUCUGAUCAGGGAACAUACACGUGUUUCAUUCCAGGAAAGGAAAAACUAUCCUCUGUUCAACUAUUUGUUGCAUCAGAUGCUGUUUCCUCACCGGUCAUAACUUUAGAAGGGGUUGAUAAAACCACUGGAGGAGUGGUGUUACACUGCAGUUCCAGUGGAUGGCAUCCAGAGCCUGAGGUGUUGUGGCUGGACGGUGAGGGAAACCUCCUCUCUGCUGGACCUACAGAGACAGUCAGAGGUCCUGAUGACCUCUAUACUGUCAGCAGCAGAGUGACUGUGGAGAAGAGACACAGCAACAGCUUCACCUGUAGAGUCCAACAGAACAACAUCAACCAGACCACAGAGACAGAGAUACAUAUACAAGAUGAUUUCUUCAUCUUCCUGUCCAGUUCUAAUGUUCCCAUCAUCAUUGGUUGGGCUGUUAGUUUGGCUGUUUGCAUCAUUGUUAUUCUCUCACUUGUCUUUUUUAUGUGGAGGAUGAGACUCAAGACCAAGAGAAGCCGGAGGAAUGAAAUAGAGGAAGAAAGACAGAGAGAGAAACUCAUGAGAGAAAUAGAGGAACCGAAGAAGACAAAUGAUCUGGAGACAAAGAGAACCACAUCACCCAUGUAUCAGUAUGCUAUGGAUGGAGUACAGAGGAAGGAGGAGCCUGAGGAGGAAGUAAAAAGUAGAAAGAAGGCCGUGAUAUUCGAGACCAAGAAUGAAGAGAAGAAAUGAAACUCAAGGAGUACGAACAACACAUCUCAACAUGACCUCACACCACACACAGAAAUGAAAAAUGUUUAGUCUGAGCCACCAUCAUCUAAUCAAAUGGCAGUGAAGACAGUUAUUGUCUGUAAGUGUUUCAGGCUGAAAUCACAAACUGUACUGUGACCCAGUAGAGUCACCUAUUUUAAUCUGUGGUCAAAGGAUUGGCUGACUGGGUAAUUGGUUUAUUUGUAUGUUCUUGUUUUGCAUUGGGCAGCUCACAGUAUGUUGUCCAGGAUGUAGUGAAAGUGUGAUGUGAAGCAUGGGUUUUACUUUAUUUGUAAGGCACUACUUGAAUUUCUUUAUUUUAAAGACUUUUGUUGAUUGAUCAGACAGAACCCGAAUAUUUUGUUCUAAAUUCUCAAAUGCUGAGUACUUUUUGUGUGUGUGUGUGUGUGUGUGUGUGUAGUAUGAGGUGAUGUUUGUUUGUUUUCUUUCUUCAUCCUUUACUGUACUCUACACAAUUUAUUUACAAGAACUUUUAUAGCAACUGGACAAUGACUUUAGAGUUUUGCAAUAAUAAAAAAUGGAUAGGUAGUUGUUUA